AGGCCCCGCACCCCACCACCAGCCGCCUGCUCAGCUGGCUCAGCCCCGUGGACUUCCAUCCCAGCUUUCCGUUUGAUAAGGUUCCAGUAGGAAGUUUGAUGACUCGUUCGACCUCUUGUCUAUCGAUCAUCUCGCCCACAGCGCUCACACAACUCCACUUUACCAUCACCUCAGCCAUCGGACGAAAAGGCAGUGAUAAACCCAGCCGACCGACACCCAGCCCACCCGCUCGUCCCUCCAGCCGACAAGCUGGGGUGCCAGCUCUGCAAGAUGGCAGCCCGUCCGAAGCUGCGCAUCCUCUGCUUUGGCGACUCGCUCACGGCGGGGUACUCGGGGCUCGGCACCGUGUUCCACCCGUACAACGAGAAGCUGGAGCAGAUGCUGGCCAUGGCGUUUCCGCAUCUAGACAUUGAGACGGUUGAGGAUGGCCUGUCGGGCGCCACCGUCCUGGCUGGGUUCCGGCCGAGGAUGGUUGACCAGUGUGGGUGGGAAUAUCUCUUCUGACACAAACGGUGUGGAAGGCUGACAGCGGUUGCAUCGCUUUGUUAAUCUCACAGUCAGCU